AUGGUGGAUCUCCUCGUCCCUUAUCCCUUCCUGGCGGCUAUGGGGGACCAUCCCAAAAAGAAGUCUGGAUUGGCAGUGUGUGUGGGCUGCGGGAGUCACAUCCUAGACCAGUAUAUCCUGAGGGUGUCCCCGGACCUGGAGUGGCAUGCCGCCUGCCUGAAGUGUGCGGAGUGCAGCCAGUACCUGGAUGAGAACUGCACCUGCUUCGUCCGGGAUGGCAAGACCUACUGCAAGAGAGAUUACAUCAGGUUGUUCAGCACUCGGUGUCCCCGAUGCCAAGGCACCUUGCCACGUUCAGAGCUGGUAAUGCGGGUUGGGGAGCGAGUCUAUCACACUGAUUGUUUCAGAUGUUCGGUCUGUAGUCGACGGCUUCUGCCGGGUGAGGAGAUCAGCCUCAGAGACCAGGAGUUAUUGUGCGGGGCAGACCAUAACAUUCCAGACACUGGCAGGUCCUCUUCACUGAGGUCUCAUAUCCACAAGCAGACUGAGAAGACAACAAGAGUACGGACGGUUCUGAAUGAAAAGCAGCUACACACACUACGUACGUGCUACAACGCCAACCCUCGACCAGACGCCUUGAUGAAAGAACAGCUUGUAGAAAUGACUGGGCUCAGCCCGAGAGUGAUCCGGGUCUGGUUUCAGAACAAACGCUGUAAAGACAAGAAGAGAUCCAUCUUCAUGAAACAGCUACAGCAGCAGCAACAACUCAGUGACAAGACGAGUCUACAAGGGUUAACGGGUACGCCGCUUGUAGCUGGAAGCCCCAUCCGCCAUGACAGUGCCGUUCAGGGCAAUGCAGUAGAGGUACAGACCUAUCAACCACCCUGGAAAGCGCUCAGUGAUUUUGCAUUGCAGAGUGACUUGGAUCAACCUGCAUUUCAGCAGCUGGUAUCCUUCUCAGAAUCGGGUUCUCUAGGUAACUCUUCUGGGAGUGAUGUCACCUCCUUGUCCUCCCAGCUUCCAGAUACCCCAAACAGCAUGGUCCCCAGUCCAGUGGAAACGUGAGGUCUUCAGGUUAGGACUGAGCAGCAUGGACCCCGCAUGAAAACCCCUUCACACUUUGAACGAUGAACAAACCCAGGCAUUCACCUUGCAGGACAUUCUCCCCAUCAAUGGGGCUGUGUGCAUCAGUCUGGAACCUGCACACCUCUGACUUUA